AUGAAAAAUCACUCUAUCCUCCAUCUAUUCGACCCGAAAGAUGUAGAGACAUUUGUUCGUCAAGAUGGAAAGUAUCCUUUCAGGAGAUCUCAUAGAGCUUCACUCAAAUAUCGACUCGACCGACCAGAACUUUACCUUGAUGGUGGAUUGUUCUGCGAGAACGAGCCCAGCUGGUAUAGGCAACGGAACCAGUUUCAUCAGCGAUUACUAUCCAUACAACAAGUUGCAGCAAAUAUUGAAAAGUUGGAUGAAGUUAACCAUGCUCUAAUAGAUCAGAUUGAUAAUUGUUUAGAGAAAAAUAGAAACACAAUUGGAAAUUUUCAGGCAAUUUAUAUGUGGGCCCUUGGUAGUACACUGAAACUCUUUCUUGAUCUAAACGUCUACAAAUUAGAGGAUGAACUUGUUCGAACUCUAAUACAAGAGUUACACAAUAGUUUAACUGGCACAGAUGGAACAGAAAUCAAAAGCAACAAGUGGUUGAAACAGCCAUCCAAAUGCCCUUAUUAUGGAAUGCUAGAACAAUCACAAGAGGUUUUAUACAGAUUUGUGUCCGAGCAAGUUGAACAAAGAAAGACGGAAAGUGCUUCGAAUGCUUUAUAUCUCUCCGAUUGGUUGUUUAAAGACCAUCUAAAGCAGUCUGAUGUGAUAUCUUUUAUAAUCGAUACUCUCAUGGCUGGCCUACACACUACAUCCUACACUGUUGCCAAUCUACUUAACCAUAUUGCAAACGAGAAGGCCAUUCGAGACUCUUUGCAAAAAGAGAUCCAAGAAUUUCUCUCGGUACAGGAAUCGAUAACUAAGCAUCAUAUUGACAAGCUUCGUUCACUGAGAAGUUGUUUGAAAGAGACAAUGCGUUUGAAUCCUGUGUUGAUAGGAACUGGACGACUGACUACCGAAAAACUAGUCGUAAGAAACUAUGAAAUUACAGCAAAUAUCAUUGUGAUAACACAAAAUCAGGUGAUAAGCUUAAAUGAAACCUUAAACUUCUAUGAACCCAACAAAUUCAAACCAGAACGCUGGUUUCAUUAUCGUACUUGCCCCCACCUUACCAUUUGGAUUUGGAGCUAG